AUGAGCAUCAACCAGACUGAUCCUGGUUACUACUCUGCUAAGGACUUCAAUCACGCAACCUUCUACAAGAGGGAAGCUAAGCAAGGCAUCGGUAUUGGUAUAGAUAGAUUCUCUAGACUAUUCUUGACUCCCGGCAUGCAACACUACUACGAUACUUCUACAACAACGAAUGCAUCGCGGUAUAUCACUGGUCCCACUCAAGCCAGUGCUCUGAGUCUGUCUCUGUACAGUGUGCCUGGUUACAGCGAUGUCAAGCAUGAUAUCCUUCUUGCGCUGGUGAACUGGGUAGAAAAUGGAUUGCACCUGAGUACAAAAUCGGUACUCAAAUUCACCGAAACUCUGGCUAUUGAAAAGUAG